AGAAUAGAAAAUAUCUGCGGAAUCAGAAUCAGAUAAAUUGCGCUUCUGCAAUCUCCUAUCUCCGACUCCGACUCACGCCGCCGCCGGGCGCGAAAUUCGGUAAUUCCGCCGCCGCAGCCUUGCAGCGCUGCUUUGUUUCUGCUACGGGGGGAAAAUAACGAUAUCAUCUACGUCUUUGGUAGUUAUUGUUUGUAUAGUUAGUAGCCAAUGUCUACUUCUCCUUUUCUUUCUUAUUUGUCUCUUGCCAUUUCUCCUUUUCCUGCCAAUUCGAAAAAAAAUCAAUUCCAUUUCAUCUCCUUAAGUCCUUCCAAUUUUAGUUUGAUAUCGUGUUCUAGCGUUUCUGCUAGUGGCAGUAAUGGCGCAGACAGUCGAACUGUUGAAUUCGACAGCCAAGAUGUUUAUACAAAACCCUCACAGCCGAAUCCACAUUCAAGUUCCAGAAUUAAGGCCCCCACCGCCCCAUGGAUGAAUGAACCACUGCUUGUUAAGCCGAAUGAGGUUGUAGAUUUUUCGAGAAGGAGAAAGAAAAAGGAUUUCACCACUAACAAAAAUCACAGUUCUCCAGAUGUGGCAUUGACGGGAAAAGUGGGAGGUGGCAGAGGCAGGAUAGCAAUGAAGCAAAUCUUGAAAGGCAUUGAGAAACUUCAAGGAACUCUUAAUUCCGAAGAAAUCGGAGAAACGCAAGAGAGUGCUAACUUCAAAUUCGCGCCAGGAGAUCUCUGUGGAAAUGCCGAUUAUAACCGCCGUACGAAACUUGAUGAAAUUUCUGAAGAAGCGCAGGAUGAUUUGGAGAGAAGUGAAUUUAAUAUUCCUUUUACGGAGAUUAAGAGUGAAGGGGGAAUUACACAAUGGCCAUGGAAAAGGAAUGAAAAGAUGGUGAUUCCGAGGGUGAGACCAGAGAAAGUAGUGACAGCUGCUGAGUUGAGUCUAGAUGGAGUCCUGCUUGACAGAUUGAAGGGUGAGGCUGCAACGAUAAAGAAGUGGGUAAAGGUUAAGAAAGCUGGGGUAACUCAAGCUGUUGUUGAUCAAGUUCGUUUUAUUUGGAGGAAUGAUGAGCUUGCCUUGAUUAAUUUUGAUGUUCCCUUGUGCCGCAAUAUGAGAAGAGCUCGAGAAAUAGUUGAGAUGAAGACCGGAGGGGUUGUUGUUUGGAGAAACAAAGAUUUUCUUGCAGUUUAUAGAGGAUGUAAUUAUCAGGCAGGUGUAAAUCAUGCCAGUAUUAUUGACCGGAACUGUAUUGAUAAUAAGAAGAGUGCUUACUCCCCUAUGAAUUUCCAAAAUGCUACAAAUGUUACCAGGGAAGGUUCUGUUGACGGUAGUCUAGAUGAAAUGGCUGAUGGAAAAUAUUGUCUUUCGGAAAGACUGCACACUGUAUCACUAUAUGAAAGGGAAGCUGAUAGGUUGUUGGAUGGGCUAGGCCCUCGUUUUGUUGAUUGGUGGAUGUCAAAGCCUUUGCCUGUUGAUGCCGAUUUACUUCCAGAAACUGUUCCUGGGUUCAAGACACCUUUUAGGCUAUGCCCACCUUCUACUAGAUCAAAACUGACGGAUGCCGAGCUUACAUAUUUGAGAAAGCUUGCUCAUCCUUUACCAACACAUUUUGUUCUUGGAAGAAAUUGGAAGCUACAAGGAUUGGCUGCAGCCAUUAUUAAAAUGUGGGAGAAGUGUCAUAUAGCAAAGAUUGCUUUGAAAUGGGGGAUUCCGAAUACAGACAAUGAGUCAAUGGCAUAUGAGCUUAAGAAGCUUACUGGUGGAGUUCUUUUAUUGCGAAACAAGUACUUGAUAAUUCUCUAUCGAGGCAAGGACUUCCUUCCCUCUGAAGUCGCAAAAGUUGUAGCUGAACGAGAGAUAGAGCUGACAAGAUGCCAGCUCCAAGAAGAAGCUGCACGACUAAAAGCAAGCAAAGCCUUUCCUAUAAGUGAUGAACACACACUAAACCCUGGAAUCGUUGGUACUUUGUCAGAAUUCCGUAGUGUUAUUUCUGAAAGCCGGAAUUUGGACAAAGGGAAGACUGAGGCUGAAGUUGGAGUCCAGGCAGAAAAGGAAAGAUUAGAAAAGGAACUCAAAGUUCAUCAGCGAAGGCUUUCUUUUCUGAAGAAGAAGAUGCGAAAAUCAGCUAAAAUCUUAGAGAAACUUAAAAAUUCGACAAAAUCCUCUGAUAAAGAUCCAGAUCCAGAAAUAAUCUCGGAUGAGGAGAGGGCCUGCAUGCGGCAGAUGGGCUUAAAGAUCGAUAGCAGCUUAGUCCUUGGCCGACGUGGGAUCUAUGAUGGUGUCAUAGAAGGAAUACAUCAGCACUGGAAGCACAAGGAAAUCGUUAAAGUGAUUACAAUGCAGAGAACCUUUUCACAGGUCAUGUACACGGCAAGACGUCUCGAGACAGAAACUGGUGGGAUCUUGGUUUCGGUUGUUAAACUUAAAGAAGGGCAUGCUAUAAUCGUUUAUCGUGGAAAAAACUACAAGCGCCCGAAGUUAGCAGCACCUAAUUUGUUGAGUAAACGAGAGGCUUUAUCUAGGUCACUCGAGAUCCAAAGAUUUGGAUCGCUAAAGUUCUUCGCCAGCCAAAAAGAACAGGCAAUCAGUGAUCUGAAAUGCAAACUGGCCGAGCUUUUAAAGAAGAUGAAUUGACUGCAGAAGCCGAUAAACAGCCUUUUCCACAUAGAUGCUGUAAUUCUCUUUGGGUCGAAUCUUUCACGGUGCUGAGUCAUAACUGAUAGCUUCCUCCCUCAAGCUGCAGGCGAAAACUUGAUGCCGAUCAAUGCAAUGGCAGGCAAACCAUUCUAUGCUUACGACCCGCCUGAUCGAGCACAAUUACAGCACUUGUUAUCAUCCCUCAACAAAUUGACUGGAAACUUGCUUACCAGAUGGAUCUUGCAAUAAAUUUGCUGUGUGCAGUGGUCAGGUAUGCUGAAACCUUUCUCACCAGAUCAUGCUAUGUUUUUCAUUUUCCUCCUGCAGUUGAAUCGAAUCGAAUCCUCCGGUGGCGGCUCCGGAGACGAUGAAGUGGGCAAUGAAGUUGGACAGGUAAGAUGUUUGGAUCUAAGUGAUCCUUUGAAAAUUUGUUAUAUCUGUGUCACGUAAAUAUUUCACUAGCUCUUGUGUACGAUUCUCAUAUUAUAAUUGUUGCUUAUUUGGUUGAAUUUUUAAUCCCAAAUUGUAAAAAAUGUCUCUAUGUAUAUUAACGCAUGCGACAUUACAAUA